AUGACUACGCAGGAUGCUACCUCCAGCAUUCCGAGCAAACACGGCUCGUCAGCUCUCUCAAUGGGGCCUCGCAAAAAGGCCUCAUCAUCUGAUCCGCUUGUCUCCCACGGACGCCACUUUGGUCGAACGGUAUUUGCGCUAUGCAAUUACCCUUCCCUACUCACCAAUGCUGAGCGGCGAGAACAUCGCGUCUUUGAACAACUCAUAGACUCCUACCCCGGCCUUCUGGAUCGGUUGAAAGAUGGAUCUGAGGAGGAAAUCCUCCACGUCGGAGAGCUGAUUGGAAAGGGGGCCGCAGGCGCCAGAGGCAAUGAUACAAAGACGCUGAAAUCUGCGGUACUCGACUGGAUUUCCCCGAAAGGAGAGGCGAUACAGCCCCAUUUACAUAGAAACUCCAAGCUCGACCGCGGUUUUAACCACAAACUUACGGGAUCUCUUCUUUGUCCCGCCGGGUUGGACUGGCACGACCCUCGGACAAAAGAAGACCUCCGAAGUGGCGAGAUGCUGGUCUGCGGGGAUCAGUGGCCGAUCUUCUUGUACGCUCACUAUGUCUAUGACUCUGAAGACCCGUGGUCCGGCCUGCUAAGGAGCCGUUUAUUAACAUGUGCCUACAAGCACGUUUUUACGUCUCCAAGUUCGGUUGACAAGGAACCGAAGGCCACGCGAUCCGGAAACGCUCGCCUUCACGGCAUGAACUCCGUUACCAUAGCCUCUAUGGCCUAUAUCGCAACUCAGGUGCGAUUCACUCUCAGUUCAUCUUCAGUGUUCUCGCGGACCGACACAGUUACAGAUUCUGAGAUGUUUUACCACAGCCUCCUCGACCUGUUAGAAGACCCUGAGGAAUGUAAAGAAGUUGAUGAGCUGCUGACCUGGUGGAAUCGCCAAGUAUUUCCUACCUCAUCUGCUGCCAAGAGACCUAUCAGCGCCAACAGCGCCUUAUCCAAGAUCCGACAAAAAUGUAUUGUGCUCAAACGAGCAAUGAAUCCGGACGUUGUCUCUUCAUAG